GUGGUCUGUUGUUUGUGUCUGCGCCCUCCCAUCUCAACAGGUUAUGAGCCCCGCGCUCUAGUCUUUACCCGAAAACCCCCCAGACCUCUCAGAACUCGCUUUUUCCUCCAGAAAAACCCAUUCUCUCAUUCUCAAAAAAUUUUCACUCGAUCGAUCGGUCUUAUCUGCACCAUCCACCACUCAUCAUGUCUUCCCUCCCCUCCUAUGCUGUCACUAUCUUCCAGCAGUCGGAGAAGCUGCAAGGCGAGGCCAACUGGCACUCGUUUGCAGAGGCUUUCAUCGACUUCUGCACUGGCGUUGGUGCUGACCACAUUGUGGAUGACUCUUCGCUCGAUUCGUCCAAGAAAGCACUGGACAACGCCAUCGGGUAUGUCCUCUCUGGGAUGCUGGAGAAGGAUGUGAAGGAUGGGGUGCCAGGGAAACGUGGUGGCCAGGCGCUGUACAAGGCGCUGAAGGCGAAGUACACUGCCUCGACCAGGGCCCGGCGCGUUGCUGCACGCAAAGCGUUUUACCAAUGCUCUCAUGACUUCCCCACCCAGUCGCUUGAGCAGUUCAUCGUCGAGGUGAGGGCCAAGGCGCAGGUCCUGAAGGAUAUGGGUAUCACCAUCUCGGACACCGAGAUUCUGGACGUCAUCCUCAUGAACCUCGACGACGCUAUCUCCACCCUGACGUCUUCCCCCGCGCUCAACGUUGACGUCGUCAAGAAGGAGGAGUACUCUCCCAGCCCGCUGCUGGCCGCAAAUGGGGCACGAGGGUCGCGUGCACCGCGGCAUCCUGAUGGUCAUCAGGCUGACCUGACUGGAGGAUGGGUGGACGACAAGGGCUACCGCUGGUGCAAUGUCAACGGUGACGCCUGCCAUCGGUGCGGGCGUGCAGGUCAUAUCGCUGCCUUCUACAUGUACAACAUGCCCGAGGCCAUCCGGCAGAAGAUUUCAGACCGCGCGCAUCUCAACGCGAACAUGGUCAGUUCGCUCGCGGUCAUGGAGGCAGAGGGCGAACACCAGCACCUCGCCCAGUCGGCUUUUGGAUUUUGUCAAAUAGAGAGGAACCUCAUGCGUGCAGGGCUCGCUGAAGACCUUGACGUCAAUGAUGUCAGCCUUCAUGAGAUGCCGCAGCCCAAGGAAGGAGGGAGACACAGGCAGGGCCAGUGCACAUCACGAAGGAAGAUGUGGACAUCAAACUGGGAUGACAUGGGAUGGGUUCAGUUCAUGGGUCCCAGUGACAUGUGA